AUGCGCAUCAAGCGCAUGUCCUCAAGCGUGGAGAGCGAGGCCGACAUGGCGCGAAUGCGCAAGGAUGAAACCCAGUACAAGGAAGUAUUGCAACUCUCGAAUGCGAUGAAAGUGAAACCUUCAAAUAAGCCUGAGCGAAUCUGGUACAACAACAUACCUUUCGCCGCGAAUACCAAGUUUAGCGGCCGCCACGAUAUCUUGAACGCGGUUGGCGAGGCCUUGGUGCCGGAAACCACAGCAUCUAUGCUCAAAUCAAUAGCACUAUUUGGUCUGGGCGGUGUCGGCAAAACGCAGAUUGCGGUCCAAUACGCGUAUCAAAAUAUGGAUAAGUUUGACAUUAUCCUAUGGGUUGCAGCUGAUAACGCCAUUUCGAUUGCGCAGAGCUUUCGUACGAUAGCAGAAGGACUCGGCCUGGUGGGCAGUGUCGAGGAAGUCAAAGACGCCGCCGUGUCCAUAUAUAAGGUGAAAAGCUGGCUGGCGACAACAGAGUCUACCUACCUUAUCAUAUUCGACAACGCGGACGACCUCCCUGCUCUGAAGACAGCGUGGCCAGGCACCAGCCACGGAUCGGUCCUUCUGACAACUCGAGACUUUACCGUGGCUACCUCUCUACUGACGCAAUAUGUGCAAGUCAAUGCGCUAGAUGACCAGGAUGGUAGCAAAUUGCUUUUGAAGGCACUUGACCUGGACACCACCUCGCCCGACGACGAAAAAAACGCGUUGGCAAUCAACAAGAUCUUUGGCGGACUGCCUUUGGCUCUGGCACAGGUCGGCGGAUUCAUUAGGCAAAGAAGGAUGUCCCUGAAAGAGUUCUUACCGCUUUACGACCGUCAUUCAGAGAAGAUCGAUGCCCGAAAAGCGCCUGGCAGUGAUUACGAGCAUACACUAAGUACGGUGUGGGAUGUCUCCUUCACAAAGUUAACCAGCAUCUCUAUUCAACUCCUGAACUUGCUGUCAUUCUUUGACCCAGAUGGCAUCUCUGAGGAAGUUUUGCUGCGAGGGUCCCAGGGCAUUGCAGAUGAGUUCUCCUUCCUGUCUGACGAAAUGGACCUCGGCGAUGCAUCAGAAGAUCUCCUCCGAGCCGCCCUCGUCAACCGGACAGGCGAGUCAGGAGUACUUUCGAUUCACCGUCUGGUUCAGUCGGCGGCCCAGAAGCGCCUGAGCGAGUCGGAGAGCAUCAGGUACUUUGAUGCUGUAGUCCACAUGCUCUGCUGGGGAUUCCCAGACCACUCGAGCACCGACAUUGGUCAUCAAAUCGCAGCUUGGACUCAAUGUGAGAAGUGUCUCCCACAUGUGAACCGUCUUGUCCAUCUCGUCAAUUCUAGGGGAAAUUACUCAGGAGAUCGACAGAAGUACGCUGAUCUUCUUCUGCGAUGCAGUUGGUACCUGUACGAGAGUGAAAUGUACAACAUCGCUAGAACAAUGGUUGAGCAAGCAAUUUCGACAUUCCAAGUCAGUACGGGCCUCUAUUAUGCAAGCGCCAUCGAUCUAAGCGGCCUGAUCCUCUUGGAUCUGGCACAGCCUGCCCAGGCCUUGAAUCCCUUCAUGCAUGCUCUGGAGAUACGCAAGGCAAUCCUCGGGCCCGAAGACCCUUUUGUUGCCUAUAGCCAGAACAAUGUCGCUCUUGCAUAUACUGAAAUGGGCGAACUGGAGCUCGCCUUUGCGGCACACCAGGAAGCAAUUCGUCUCAGGCUCAAGGCCAACAGCGACAGGAUCGGUAACUCUUACAGCAAUAUGUCGAGUCUCCUUCUUCGAAUGGGUCGCCCCGAAGAAGCGGAGGAGAUGCUGUCAAGGUGCCCUUCUCUGAAAGAUUUUACUGAUGAAACCUUCCUCAGCACUGGAAAUCCGCGUUUUUCAGGCGACAUGGUCUUGCUAUCCCGUAUUCGCCUUGCACAGGGGCAACCGACGGAUGCCUUGAGACUGGCAUCAAAGGCUCUAUCUUUUCGUCGAAAGCUGCUCGGAAACAAACUCAAGACUUGCGACUCGCAGUACGAUGUCGCAUGUAUGCUACUGAAGGAGGGUCAUGAGAACUCGGCGAUACAACUCCUCGAAGAAGUAGUCAAUAUGACCGAGACCUUUGCAGAGGGAGACGGCCAGCGAGCUCGAGCCCUGUACAAGCUCGCUGAAGUCUACAAAGACAGGGAUAUGCAGGCUGAAUCGGCUACGUGCAAAGAAAAGGCAGCAACUCUGCGAGCGACGUUGAGGCCAGAACUCAAGGAUGCCCCGUUUGAGGAGGCCGAAUUCUCCAAAUUGUGUCUAUGGAUGCUAUGGUAG